GCUCCCCAUGGCGCCGUCGCCCCGGACCGGCCCCCGGCACGAUGCGCCCGCCCCGGCGGCCCUGCCCGGCAUGGCCUCAACUUUCUGGGCGUGCGUGAUCCUGGCCGGCCUGCUCCUCGCCUACUGCAGUCAGCUGGCCGCGGGCACCUGUGAGAUCGUCACUCUGGACCGGGACAGCAGCCAGCCUCGGAGGACGAUCGCCCGGCAGACAGCACGUUGUGCCUGCAGGAAGGGUCAGAUCGCCGGCACCACCAGGGCCCGGCCUGCCUGCGUGGACGCACGCAUCAUUCGGAGCCGGCAGUGGUGCGCCAUGCACCCGUGCCUGGAGACCGAAGGCUGCGACCUGCUUAUCAACCGCUCCGGCUGGACCUGUACACAGCCUGGAGGGAGGGUCAAGACCACCACGGUCUCCUGACACACACAGCCCCUCAGGGCCCCCGGAGAGGCCACAUUCCGGCCACGUCCUGGAGUCCCUCGUCCUCGCCCACCCGCCGCUGCCUCUGCCCUCCACAGACAUUGUACCUCCUCGAGCUCAGCACCCGGC